AUGUCUUUCGGAAAGCUCUACAGCUACUCGGGUAACCCGCGUACCACCUCUCUCCUGGCCGUCGCGAAGGAGAAUGGUCUCGACAUCGAGUUCGUCGACACCGAGCCUGCCAAGGGUGUCUCUGAGGACUACCUGAAGCUCAACAAGCUCGGCAAGGUCCCUACAUUCGAGGGCGCUGACGGCUUUGUCCUCUCUGAGUGCAUCGCCAUCGCUGUCUACCUUGCCUCCCAGAACGAGAAGACCAGCCUUCUCGGCAAGACCAAGCAGGACUACGCCACCAUCCUGCGAUGGAUGUCCUUCGCCAACACUGAGGUCCUCUCUCCUCUCGGUGGCUGGUUCCGCCCCAUCCUCGGCCGCGACCCUUACAACAAGAAGAACGUCGACGAGUCACAGAAGGCCGCUCUCAAGGCUGUCCACGUCAUUGAGGAGCACCUUCUUACACACACCUACCUUGUUGGUGAGCGUCUGACUCUUGCCGACAUCUUCGCUGCCAGCAUCCUUGCCCGUGGCUUCCAGUACUUCUUCGACAAGCAGUGGCGCGACUCUAACCCCAACACUACCCGUUGGUACGAGACCGUCUACAACCAGUCCAGCUACUCUGCUGUUGCCCCCAAGCUUGAGUUCAUCUCCGAGGCGUUGAAGAACGUUGCACCAAAGAAGGAGGGUGGCGAGAAGAAGAAGGAGCAGCCCAAGGCCGCCCCUAAGCCCAAGCAAGAGGAGGCUGAGGAGGAGGACGAGGCCCCACCUGCCCCCAAGCCCAAGCACCCUCUCGAGGCCCUUCCCAGGGCUACAUUCGUUCUUGACGACUGGAAGCGCAAGUACUCUAACGAGGAGACUCGUGAGGUUGCCCUCCCCUGGUUCUGGGAGAACGCCAACUUCGAGGAGUACUCCAUCUACAAGGUUGACUACAAGUACAACGAUGAGUUGACCAUGACCUUCAUGACCGCCAACUUGAUCGGUGGUUUCUUCACCCGUCUCGAGGCCAGCCGCAAGUACCUCUUCGGCUGCUGCUCCGUAUACGGAGUAACCAACGACUCCGUUGUCACCGGUGCGUUCGUCGUCCGUGGCCAGGAGGCUCUCCCCGCCUUCGACGUCGCUCCCGAUGUCGAGAGCUACGAGUUCACCAAGCUCGACCCCACCAAGCCCGAGGACAAGGAGUUCGUCAACGACCAGUGGUCGUGGGACAAGCCCAUCGAGGUCAACGGUAAGACCUACGAGUGGGCCGACGGCAAGGUGUUCAAGUAA